GCUGUAUGUGAAAAACUGAAAGAUGAGGAGCUUACUGGAGAUGCAUUAUUGAAAGCAUUAUUCAAUGCUGCUUCUGUGUAUUACAAUUAUACUGGUCAUGCCAAAUGUUUUGAUAUUGAACAGCAAGCUACUAAAGAUUUGGGAGAUAAAGGAUGGAGUUUUCAAGUAGGUUUCGUUUGUUGUUUUCAGUAAUAUUGUGAUUUUCUUGGCUGGUUAACGAGCUACCGUUUCCAUCUCGAGCCACCUUUUUACCUCCAUCACCAAAUCUGCAAACCUUGUUAUUUACAUGGUAUUAUGAUUUAUAAGCGUUAAAAUAAUCGUCCUUGGGGUUCAAUUAAGUUUUGCAAGGGGGAUUAUUAAUUAAGUAAAUGAGUAUAUUUUAACGGGAGAGGGGGUUAUUUGAAAAGAUACAGUAAGGUUUGGGUUUAGAAGCGAUGUCCUACUCCUUCGUAACCACAAUCAGAAUAUUUAUUUGCAUGAAAAUACAUUUAGGUGUUCAGAUCUGCUGGCACAUAUGCUCACUUUCAGGUCCAUAUAUAGACGCUGAAAUUGUGUUUAUAUCGCUUCUGAAGCCAAACCAUUGCCAUCAAUAUAAUUUAUUUUGGAAUAAAUGGAGUUGGUUUGCAGAAGAGCAAACCAGAAUUCAUCAACUAUGUUACUAUUUUUCUUCAAUUAAGGCUUGUACCGAGAUGGUUAUGCCACUUUGUGCUGAUGGAGAAGAAGAUAUGUUUUAUCCAUUCGACGUAAGUUAUUUUUCUAGUGCAUAAAUAUAAGGUUGAUUAGGUUCUAACUUAACGUGUUGAUCAUGUAAAGGCUGGUUCACAUUAUCAAAGUUUUUGUGAUCACAGUACUGAAGGAAUUUUGCAUGGGCAAAUUCUAAGUUUCAAAGGAUUUGUAAGAAAUCUUUGAUGGACACUAUCAACGUUUUUCUGAUCACAGUACUGAAGAAAUUUUGCAUGGACAAAUUCUAAGUUUCAGAGGAUUUGUAAGAAAUGUUUGCAGGCCUUAAAAUAUCUUUUACAGGGCCGUCUGACAAAAUGUCCGAUGGUGUUGAGUUUGGGUCGGAGAUAUGUCCGAUGACCUUCAUUUCAGUUCUGACUCGGAAAUAAGUCUGAAUGACACAAAUGAAUAUCAGCACAAUGUAUUAAUUCUGAACGGUAAAUAUUGUGAAAAUAUUAAACAAUUUGUUUCUUUCAUACUCAUUUCCAAGCCAAAAUUAACUUGCUUGCCAGAACAGCAGUAUUAAAAAAAACUUCGACAACUUAAGCCCGUUUUCCACUUCACCAUUUCGCUCGCCACCCCGCGCUCGACUACGUUAAAACAACAUUUCCAGUUCACCUUUUAUACAAUAGUACUCUGAUUCUCUAUUUAACAUACGAGCCUCUAGUCCUGGACUAAGGUACAUUUUGAUUUACGUUGGACAAAGCUGCAGUUUGGUCAGACACCAAUACACUCGGGUCGGACAAACAAUAAACCUCAGUUUCACUUAGGUCGGACAGAAUGUCCGGUGGUUUCCUCUCUACGUCCGACAAUUUCACGAAUGGGUCGGACAAUGUCCGUGACCGACUGAUAUUUUAAGGCCUGAAUGUUUGGCGGAACUGGCUCAGUUUUUUUACAGAUCCUUCAAAACUUAGAAUUACCUAUUCAAAAUCUCUGCUGUAAUCACAGAAACUUUGACAGAAUGAACAAGCCUUAAUUGUUAGUUUCCAUCGUGGGAGAAAUUUGAACUUGCAUGAAGAAUUACAUGGUGAAACACGUAUCCCCAUGACUUAAGACGCCAUUGUGAUAUAAACCUAGGAGAAUAAUUUGAAUCAUCUUUCUUUCAAAAUCUUUGUGUUUCGUAGUGGAAUUUCCCAGCUUAUGCGAAGGGAUGUGAAGAAUGGUGGAAAGUUAUGCCAAGACAGUAUUGGGUUGAAGUCCAGUAUGGAGGAAGGAAGAUUUCGUCUCAUAGUAACAUUGUAUUCAGGUAAUAAUACACGCUUCCGGGAAGAACGUCACCAUGGCUAUAGAGCCUCGUUCUCAUGAUUGAGACGUUGGUCUUUACCUACUAGAGAGUUUAAUAUCUACAACGCGGCCAGCUCAACGACGCGCUUUCGAAACAAAGAAAUUUGUCAUGUAAGACAAAAACAGUGAAUAAUUUGUUGUCCCAGGGGUAUUCUCAACGGCUUUGUCAUUCUCAACCCAACAUUAAACUAAGCAUUAUUGCGACCCAAGAGGUGUUACGUAAAAUCGAAAUUACAGCAAACGUUGCAUCGCUUUAGCCGAAUUUAGCCGUUUGGGGUCAUCAUCUGCCUAUACUACCUCUUUACCCGGGUUUGUAAGAUUAUUUGAGAAAACUUCAAACAUUUAUUACUUAUAAUAAUCCAAUUGCUUUGGGGUCAAUGGCUCAUUCUUGAACUGAAAUUCAGACAGCGUCGUAGAUCUUAAACUCUCUACUGUCACAUAUACGAAAUUAAAGCUCUACAGCCAAAGUGACGCGCUUUCCGGAACGGUGUAUUAUACAGAUAGCAAUACAACACUAGCACUUGACACUUUACUGUUUCUUCUUUCAUGCCAGUCUUUUUCUACGCGAUAAAAACUUUAUACAGUGACUCUACUAGUGCGAGAGAGUCCCUGAGUUUUUUCACUGCCAUCACUUUGUCCGCGAGGGAUGAGCGAACUUAUUUGAACCCAUGCCAUUUCCGCUUUCUUGUUGGCAAACACGUCAUGAUUGUUGAUUCAAUUUCCAAAUGUAUUUUUAAAAUCAAAUUGUCAUGUGGGGAUAUUGAUGGUGGUACUAGGUUUCAACUUACCCAUGUAAAAAGUCUUACAUUUGGUUCACACUGCAGGAAGUUUUUGUUUUUGGAUUUUGCUGCCAGGAAGAAAAUUUUCUCGGCCUGGACAUAACUAACGUCAUUUUCCCUAUAUAACCUGCAGUAAUGGUAACCUGGAUCCGUGGUCCGGUGGAGGAGUAACAAAAAGUAUUUCAGAUUCAUUGAUUGCUGUUAUGAUUAAAGAUGGCGCCCAUCAUCUUGACCUACGUCAUAAGAACAGUGGUGACCCGCAGUCUGUGAUUGAUGCUCGGAAGCUCGAGAAGAAAUAUAUGAAACAAUGGAUCAUGCAAUGGAAGAAAACCAAAUCAAACACAGCGUCAGUGCUUGAUCUGCUAUAA